CUGCGCACAGCCUCAGCACACCACAUUCCCCGCUUCUCACCGUAGGCUUUCCCCGUAGGUGAAAAUUGCUAUAGCAAAUCACUGCGUUUAAUAGCUCUCCGGGCUCGCUUUUGUUUAUAUACACGCAGUUCUUCUUCCCAGUUGUUGUGAGGAAUAGUAACUGGACCGCGAAUCUGCAUCAGAUCUUGAUACUGUGUAGUAGAUGGUCAUUUCCUCACCAUGGCAACAGAAGACAAGAAACCAGAGACUGACACCAAGCCUCCGGUUGUACCAUCAGCAUCUGCCAGCCAAAGCAAGUCGGCCCCCGCCAAACCAAACUACAGCCUGAAAUUCACUCUGGCAGGACACACUAAAGCCGUGUCCUCAGUCAAGUUCAGCCCAAGUGGAGAAUGGCUCGCCAGCUCAUCUGCCGACAAACUCAUCAAAAUCUGGGGAGCCUAUGACGGCAAGUUCGAGAAAACCAUAUCCGGACACAAACUUGGCAUAUCCGACGUGGCCUGGUCCUCCGACUCCAACCUCCUGGUGUCCGCGUCCGACGACAAAACGCUGAAGAUCUGGGACGUCAGCUCUGGCAAGUGCCUGAAAACCCUGAAGGGUCACAGCAACUACGUCUUCUGCUGCAACUUCAACCCCCAGUCCAACCUCAUCGUGUCCGGAUCGUUUGAUGAGAGCGUCCGGAUAUGGGACGUGAAAACAGGGAAAUGUUUGAAAACGCUGCCGGCUCACUCUGACCCCGUCUCUGCCGUUCAUUUCAACAGAGACGGCUCCCUGAUCGUGUCCAGCAGCUACGACGGCCUCUGUCGAAUCUGGGACACGGCCUCGGGCCAGUGUUUAAAAACUCUCAUCGACGACGAUAACCCUCCUGUGUCGUUUGUGAAGUUCUCCCCUAACGGGAAGUACAUCCUGGCGGCCACCCUGGACAACACACUGAAGCUGUGGGACUACAGCAAAGGAAAGUGCUUGAAAACGUACACGGGCCAUAAAAACGAGAAGUACUGCAUAUUCGCCAAUUUCUCCGUCACCGGAGGGAAGUGGAUCGUGUCGGGCUCGGAGGACAACAUGGUUUAUAUCUGGAACCUGCAGACGAAGGAGAUCGUGCAGAAACUCCAGGGCCACACAGACGUCGUCAUUUCCACCGCCUGCCACCCGACAGAGAACAUCAUCGCGUCUGCGGCUUUAGAAAACGACAAAACCAUCAAGCUAUGGAAAAGCGACUGCUAAGCCUUUUUUUCUUUUAUUUUGGAUUUUGUGGAGCCAUUUAACUUUCUUUUAUUUUUUUUCUUUUCUACAUUUCGGUGUAAAAGAAGAGGACUUUUUUUUUUGUUCUUUUUCUCCUCCGUUGGAGCUCCUUGUGGAUACAGAGAGCUUUUAGUCAAUGAAAUACAUUGAGGAGAGCCCGACACGCCAGCUCUGCAGAGAACUUUACCCCACCACCACCAUAUCCAACAACACGUGCCAGAUCCCUCCGACCCAUUAAGGAAACAAGUGACUUUUAUUUUAAAGUAAAACCUUCUGGUGCUUCAGUAUUUCAUGACAUCUGUACAAUAAAUGUGAUGGUUACUGGGCCUUUGUAUUAUUCUUUUUUGUCUGUAAUUGCAUCUAAACUUAAAAAAAAAAAACAUUUUUAGGCUUUAGACUGAGUAAAAUAAAAGCACUGAUAAGUUCUUUAAAAAAAAAAAAGGAAAAUUAAAAAAAGAAUGAUUCCAACUGGAAAAUUGGUAUAAAUGACCCAGAACAGUGACCAGUCACAGUGGUGUUUUAGUAUCUGUACAUAUUAUACUGAUACCUACUGCUUUUUUUUAUUAUUUUCUUACUGCCUGAUUAGCUCACAGCUGUGCACAGGAGCCCAGCAGCAUCUGUUCGGUUUUGUGUUCUAUUUGUUUGCAUUCAACAGUAAUAACCUACAACCUAAUAAAGCCCGUUUUUGUAUGUUUCA